CAUCAGGAAGCGUUCUGUACUUGGGAGGAACGAUUCGAGAGAGAACAAAACACAGAUAGACGAACACAGAUUGAACCAUAAAUGUCUGCAAGAAGCCUAACAAUCAAGCUAUUUUGUCCCGCUUUGGCGAAGCUGGUUCCAUUGGUGGCUGUGGAAGAGCAACGGCUCGACCUCGGUUCCAUUGCCCGGACCUUUGGACUCGACCCAGCGACGUUGAAGCUCAACGGUCACUUCAUCAGUAGAGGUGUCGAUCUCAUCUCCUCGUCCGUCACCUGGAAGGCCCUCCUCUCCUUUCUCUCUUCUCGAGGUUUGUCUACAGGAGCCAACGAUGCCGAUGCUCUCAUCGUCGACGGAAAACUCUGCAAGGCUGGAACCAAGAGAUCACAUAACCGUUCAGAUGGAGAACAUGAAGAUCACCAAACAAAUGAAAACAAUGGUUUUGGUGAUACAAGAAAGCCUCGAGUGGAAGAUGACAACCUGCUGAACAAGAAAAGAAGAUUAGGAAAACAUGAAGCUCAUCCAAUAGCUGAGUGUAAUGUCCUUGGUGUGAAAAGAAAGCCAUGGCUAGAAAACACAAAGCUGCUCAAGAGAAAAAAGAUGGAUCAAACAAACUCAGGUUCUCAAGAGAGACAACAUAACCCAUCCUGUGCCAUUCCGGAUACCCAAUUCAAAUGCAGCUACAUUUUGAAGCGGUCCAGAGAAGAUGAGAUGGUUGCGACUUCUCCUUGCAAAAGAGCAAGAUGAUGUGUCCUUUCCCUUCCUUUUUGUUGCAAAGAAAGUGCAAAAUUAUAGGUCUCUCACCCUUCGUUUUGGCUUUCU